AGUUCACAAAUUUAACAAUGACGAACCAUAAGGAAUUGAACUUUGAAAGUACAUUCAAAAUCACAACGAUGGCUUUGCACAUCAGUGGGGCUCAUCCCGGCGUACCCAAGGACUUAAAAUGGGUCCUAAAAUUUAUAAUCCUCCACGGAAUAUUCACUUUUACAUUCUCUAUAGUCAUAUACAGUAUCAUCAAUCACGAUUUAAAAGAAAAAAACUUCAUCCAAAUAUGCAAAAAUGGCGUGAUGUUUGUCGUUUUCUGUGUGAUAUCAUUCCAAUACUUCGUCUUGGUGAUUCACCAGAAGAAUCUGGUGGAAUUGAUAAAAAACGUAAACGCGGACUAUGAGGAGUUGCAGAAUUUAUCGGAGAAGGAAAAGAGGUUGAUGUACAAGUAUGUGGACCAAGGUAUUAAGGUUUGCAGGCAAUGGUUCAUCCUGACGUUCGCUGGUUGUAUGAUCUUCAUUGUGAAGAGUAUCGGUCUGAUGUUGUAUUACCAUUUGAUCAAUGAUUUCCAAUACGUACCCUUGUAUGACAUAAAGUAUCCAGCGCUCAUAGAAGAUAGGAAGAAUGAUAAUCUCUUUGUAUUUAUUGGCACUUAUUUACUACUGUUGUCCUUUGCAUGUUACUCGAGUUUGAAUUACACCUCGUAUGUGCCUCUUGGUCCAAUAUUCAUGCUGCAUGCGAGUGGACAACUUGAGCUGGUGAGGAAUCGGAUUGAGGAUCUGUUUCUGGAGUGUGAUGCUGAAGCGAUUCGGGUGAAACUGAAGGGUAUCAUUAUGAAGCUGCAGUAUAUUUAUAGCGCCGUCGAUGACAUGAAGAAAGUAUUCAAGUUUGGCUAUGAAAUAACUCUGAAGGGUACAGCUGUAAUACUGCCUAUCACCUUUUAUGCGGUGCUUGAGACUGCCAAAAACGGAGAAAUUAGCUUGGAAUUCAUAAGUUUUAUAGUAGGAGGGAUAAUGAUAAGUGGGGCUCCAUGCUACUACAGCGACCUAUUAAUGGAAAAGGGUGAAGCUUUACGCAUGUCCCUGUAUACGUGUGGGUGGGAGCAGCACUACGAUCGGCGCACGCGCACCACGCUGCAGCUAAUGCUGCAACAUGCACUCAGACCCAUUGCUAUACAAACUAUAUUCAGAACUUUAUGCUUGGAUGCCUUAACUGAUUUGUAUCAACAGUCAUAUGCAAUUUUCAACCUGAUGAAUGCCACGUGGAAUUAAAAUGGAUUCUGCAGCUUACCUAUACAUGAUCACAAGAAACCAUCGCUUCUAAAUACAAGCUUUUAUUUACAUCUA